AUGUCAUCGUGGGCUGAGAACUUUACGAGCGCUGCAACAUGGCAACUGAAGCACCAAGUAGCGUUUUGGAAGUCAAAAGCUACAGCAUUAGAGUACGAAAACAAGUUAUUACACGACAUAAUACGUAAAAACUGCUUAAAUGGGACGAACUCUGCAAAUAGUUCCAAUACAAAUUCCGAUCAGGAAGACAUUGAAGAAGAGUAUUUUGGACAUGAAAAUGAGGUUGAAGAGAGUGGAGACGGAGAGAUAGAGGUUAGUGAAGAGUUCAUACAGUUCCUGAGAGAGAAUAAGAAAUACAGAGAUGAUGCAAAGAGAGAAAGGGAAAGACUUAGAGCUUUGAAUGAUGACCAGGGACAGAUAGAAGAAAUGGAGGCUGGACCUGUACAGAUAACAGAAGAUCCACAGGACGUACUAAAGAGGUUAUACGGAAAUGAUUGGGAAAAAAUAUCUGCUUUAGAAACGUCUUUACGUUCACAGUUCAUCAACAUUUGUGAUCGCGAGAAACCGAUAUAUUGGCCUAAUAUACCUUUUAAUUUUAACUUGGGUUAA